AAUCUCAGCGUUGAGCCUGUUAAUGAUUAGUGGUACCCGCGUACUUAGAACUUCAGCGUGGAGUUUGGAGUCUGCCCUCCAUCGAGAUAAACAUAAUUGGACUACUCUUGGAUUUCUGUCUUCUCUCCGGCUCCUGCGUGGCCGCUCUGUCCGACUUCUUUUAGGCUCUCUUUUGCUUAACCAUGCAACAGCGCAGCGUGGUCGCUUGUCUACUCGUCUCACUCUUUUCAUUCAUUGCCUCUACAGAAGGUGCCCCAGGCCCUCGUCUGGACAACCGCAGGCUGUAUCGCUUCAGCUACAGCACAGACUUCCAGCUGGACCGAGCUCAGGGCUCGCGUCUCGGGGCCACCGGCUUGAGGAUCGCCAGCAGCGUCGACAUCAACCUGGUGUGGAGGAACCCUGACAAUGAGGACGAACAGCUUCUCCGCAUAGAGAUCUCAAAUGUCCAGAUAGAGAAUGGGCUUCCACGCUCCCCCAAACGCAACAUCUUUAAAGGCUCUACUGCUGAGAGCGUUCUGGGAGAAACCAAACUGGCAGCACUGCAGUCCCCAUUUAUGGUGUACUGGAAGUUUGGGAAGGUGAGGAAUGUCUUCUCCCACAAAGGGGAGCCUAUCACCAUCAGGAAUCUGAAGAGGGGUGUGGCCAGCAUGCUGAUGAUGCAACUUAGGGGUGGGAAGAUGUUUGAGGCUGAUGUUUCUGGAAAGUGCGUUGUGGAGUACAAGGCUACCAAGAGUAAGGUCACCCGAACUAAGAACCUGGAUACCUGCAAAACCACAGAGACCGGCUUCACCACCCAGAAUCCGGUUCUUGGCGUGACCAGUGCAUCUAGCUCAGUCACCACCAUCACACUGGAGAAUAACUUCAUCAAGUCAGCCGUGGCCGAGGAGAUGCACACCCUGUUAAUCAACGUUCGCCAUGUUAUCUCUGCCCGCAUUAUCUCCAGACAAACACUGACACUGGAGACUAUCGAGGCUGGACCAGAGGAGGUUGCUGGGAAGGAUGCUUUCAGUGUGGUCAAAUCAUUGGAUGACAGACUGAUUUCAGUGGGCAUCUUGGCGGAGAAGAUCAAGCCCAGACGCAAAGACUCUCCCACACUGAUGGAGGUGUGGCAGGAGGUGAAGAAGGAUCUGGAACCAGCGAACCUGUCCAAAGCCACGGCCCCUCGCAGCUUCCUCACCCUCAUACAUAGCCUGAGGAAAGCCAGCUCGGCGGACAUGUUGGAAGUGCUGGCCUCCUGCAGCAAGUCUCUACUGCCUCAGCUGGUGGAUGCUGUCACCUCUGCUCAGACCCCCGCCUCCCUGGAGGCCAUUUUGGAAUUCCUCGACUUCUCCAAGAAAGACGGGCUGGUUCUUCAGGAGCGUUUCCUCUAUGCCUGCGGCUUUGCCUCCCAUCCCACUGAGAAGAUGCUGCAGACCCUACUGGAAAUUUCAAAGGGGAAGAUCGGCAGCCCUGACAUCAAAGAGUCUGUGGUGAUUAUCAUGGGAGCCUUGGUGAGGAAGCUUUGCCUGAAAGGAGAUUGCGGACUAUCAACUGUAGAGCAGGUGAAGAAGCUCCUCCUGGAGGGCCCAGACAGCACCCAGGAGGAGGCCCAGGUCCAGAUGUACCUCCUGGGCUUGAAGAACUCCCUGCUGCCAGAGGCCAUCCCACUGCUGGCCAAAUACGCCGAGUCUGAGACAGGAGCCUACAGCACCAUCGCCAUCACUGCCCUGCAGAGAUAUGAUGUCGCCCUCAUCUCCAAAGAGGUCAAGCUCGCUCUGAACCGCGUGUAUCACCAAACCCGGCGGGUGUACGAGAAGAACGUGCGAGUGGUGGCGGGUGAUGCCAUCCUCAACAGUGACCCCACCUACAUGGAAGUGAAGAACCUCCUCCUGUCCAUCGGCCAUCUCCCCCACGAGAUGAACAAGUACAUGGUCUCUAAGAUCCAGGACGUCCUGCGCUUUGAAACGCCUGCCAGUGACAUUGUUCGCCAAGUGAUGAAGGACAUGAACUCUCAAAACUAUGACCGCUUUGCCAAGGUCGGAUCAUCAUCCGCUUAUUCUGGCUACAUGGCAAAGACCACCGAUGUCACUUCCACCUACAGUCUGGAUAUCCUUUAUUCCGGCUCAGGCAUCCUGAGGAGGAGCAUCAUGAACAUCUUUGGCCAAAGCAACGACGCCCUCCUUCAUGGCCUCCAGGUGGCCAUCGAGGCCCAGGGUAUGGAAUCAUUGAUCGCAGCGACUCCUGACGAGGGAGAAGAGGACCUGGAGUCGUUUGCUGGGAUGUCUGCCCUACUCUACGACGUCCAGCUCCGUCCUGUGACCUUCUUCAAGGGCUACAGUGACCUCAUGUCUAAGAUUUUCUCCAUGUCUGGAGACCCCAUGAGCGUGGUGAAGGGCUUGAUUCUCCUGUCAGACCAUUCCCAGGUUAUCCAGUUGCAGUCUGGACUGAGGGCUAGUGCUGAGGUCCAGGGGGGCCUUGCCAUCGACAUCUCUGGAGGCAUGGAGGUUAGCCUGUGGUACCGUGAAUCCAAGACCAGCAUCAACAACAGGGGAGCACUGGUGGUGACCUGCAAUGUGACCGUGGAUGCAGACUUUGCGAGCACGGGGAUGGAGGCGAGUUUUGAGACAGAGGCAGCUCUGGAUUUCAUCACCACGGUGCAGUUCUCCGAGUACCCCUUCCUGGUGUGCAUGCAGAUGGAGAAGACCACCUUCCCCUUCAGGGAGUCGCUAUCCAAGUUCGAGAGGCUGCCUCAGGGCAAACCGUUCAUCUCUCGACGCGGCCGGAGCCAGCUGGUGCCGGGGUCCGAGUUCCCUCUCCACCAGGCCAACUCCGACAUGUGCAAGCGCAUACACGGGGAGGACGACUGGUAGAGGACAGCAGCCUGGGAGCAGAGGCCGCGCCGAGGGACUUGGCUAACAAUUUCGAAUGUCUGCACAUUUGUCAAAACACUCAAGAUAUGCUGGGUUCAUUCAAAUAAUACAUUAACACUCAUUGUGGAAAAGAGAAAUAUAUCAUGACUUGUUUACUUUGUGUGGAGGAUUAGCAUUGUAGUGAUUAUUUGAAUAAUCUCAGUGUGUUUAUUUAGUUUUUUUGUCAUUUGCACUGUUAAAAUAGGUCUCUUUCCUCCGCGCUUCAUUUUAGCAGCGAAGUUACAGUAUUUAUUUUUAUCAGAAAGCAUUAAAGAACACUAUCUCUAUAGCACCUAUGCCGGAGGACUGAACAUAACCCCGAGACCAGCUAUCUUCUCUAUCCACACACGGCAGGAAUGUUUACAUGCUUCAGACUAUUUAAACCAUUUUUUAGCUGGAAUUCAAAAUACUCUGCCUGGACCAUCUCAGUUUCCAUAGUGCCUGCUUCAAGUUUUCUAUACACUGUGUGUGAAUGUCAUGUUUUAAGUGUAUGUAUACAUAUCCUUUUGUGUCGUGUGUAUGCACUAGUCACCCUGAAGGUUAUCUAUAUGUACAGUAUGUGUAAAUAUAUAUAUAUAUAUAUAUAGUGUUGACCCAGAUUAUACUCAGGUUAACAUAAGCCACUGAUGGGGGGGGGUGAGUGUUGCUUGUUUUGAAUUGUCAAAACUAAUUCUUAGUAUAACUAAUUUGAGGAGUUGAGGAGGGGUUCUUCAUUAACUUUUUUAUGAAAGUCUCCAAGGUUCGAAUACAGCAUUUAGCAUUAUGAUGAGCUGUGUCUUUUUUUAUUAUGAUUUAUAUUGUUCAACAUCAAGGACCGAUUCUGGAUGAUUAAUGGCUGUAAUUUUUACCCCAAAGAAUGUGAACCAAUGUAACUGAAAUAUUUAUUGUGAAGUGCAUUCUGCACCACUGUACUUUAAAGCCAACACACUCUCUCCUUAAAGCAGCGGAGUCGGACAUGGCCCUGGGUCAGAUCUAGAGUAAAUCUACAUCACACCUGGGCUUGGUUUUGUGCUGCUUAUGUUUUGCUUGGAUGGAGUCCUACAGCUGAGUCUGCACAGUUUCAAGAACUGGUGCGUUGUUAUUGUGGUAAUUUGGACGAUGUUUUGCCAUUCUCAAGCAUGCAGCUGAUUUCGAAUGCCCUAUACACACAAUUUGCAGUGAAAUACUGACCAUGUGUUCUGUGGAGCUUGAGAGCAGAGAGACAGAUGCGUGUGAUUGUGUUUGUAUGUAGCGGAUUUGAAUGUAGUACAAACCUUGAUGAAGUGCUCUGUUGUGUGGUACAAA